ACCCUCACCCCUCAUCACUCUCAAUGGAGCAGAGACCCUCAAGCCGCCCCAGGGUGGCCUGGGAAGAGGAUGAGAGCUCCCAGGAGAGCAGCUCUCUAUUGGAGCCCAUCGAGGUGUGCGAGGUGGAGCUGCUGCAGCCUGAUGCUAGCUGGCUACCUGUGUAUGAAGAGGAAGAGGAAGCUGUGGACUUCAUCGAGGCCUACGUCAGAAACCCGGAAAGGGUAAGAGCAGCCCUUUCCAUGGCGGCUGCGCCUGCAUGUCCUGGCCGUGCCGCGGCUCUGCUGCCAGGCUGCUGGAGGGCUGCUGGCAGGGCAGAGCUGCUGCCCUCCAGGCAUCCCGCACAGCUCCGCACCCCGCAAUGCUGCGGUCCUGCUGGCUGUGGCUCCCCCCCUCACGCUCCCUCUUGGAAUCUCUGUGGCUGCCAGGAUGAGGUGCAGAAGAUGAAGUUCCUGAGGAACAUCGUCACCGUGUGCACAACCGCCCAAGAGAAGGGCUUGUUAGAGGGCCUUGACAUCUUCUGCCGCGGAAAUAAGCUGGCAGAGAACGUCCAGGUGCUGCUGGACGAGGAGCCCAAGGACAAGCUGUGCACAGCGGUGCGGCAGCAAGCCAUGCUUGCUGUCUCUGCCUUGAGCAUAGUGAAGAUGGCGGUGGAGGAUGAAAUGAUGUUUCUGUUACUUGCAUCCUUCAAGAGCAUCUUCUUCCUUCCUCCGAAAGAGGAACUGGACAUUCACCUCUACAGUAUGACCCUGAAAAGUAUGGACAACAUGCUGCAGAUGUUGCUGAUCAGCCCUCCUGCCUCCAGCUUCGAGGAGAAUUUGCAUAAGAUCUUGCAGGUGCUGCUAUGCUUUGCGAGCUCUCAGAACAAACUUGUAAAGGAGAGAGCCAUGGAAAGGAUCUGGAGGCUGUUUGGUUUCAUUUCUAGCUGUUCUGAUCAGGAGCCAUUUGGAAAAUACCUCCAGCCUCCUCAGAGGACAGCCAUCGUCCUCAGGACACUUGAGACCAUAAGAGACUGCUGCAUCGAUAAGAAGAAGCAGUGGGCCAAGUUCAUGCUGGAAGUGGCCGUGAGAGACUCUGCCUCUUGGCUGAUGGAAGUAAGCAGCCCGUGGCUGGAUUGCCCUGCCCUUGAGCCCUUUCAAGCCUUGCUCACAUCCUGCCUCGCAUACCCAGCAGCAAUUUCAGUGGCAGCUGGGCAACUGGCUGCAGUCCAGUGGCAGCUACAUUCUCUUCUGUGUCCCCUCCAGGUGCAAAAGAUUCUGAGGUUCCUCCAUGAAAACCUAAAAAAGAGCAACAGCACAUCUUUACUCCGGCAGAGCUUCUUCUUAGUACUGAGGGCACUGACUAACCAGUUUCCCAGGGAAGCUCUCAUAAAUGUGCUGACCAGCCUUCCGUCACUUGACAGGUACCAGCCCCAACAGUUCCCUAAGCACGGGGUGGGUCAGGGCCAGGGCUGCAGGAUAGCCUGGGACCUGCGGGGCUUGUCUGGGUCGCAGCUCUGUGGGCAGGGCAGCCCUGCCAACAGAGUGUUCUGGGCUUGCAGCACUACGCUGGACAUCUGGAAGGCGAUGCUUUCCCUUCCAAUGACUUCAGGGAAGAUCUUGCACGAGCUACAGAACGUUCUCCAGGACAAACGGGUGUGCUGGUCUUUGCAAGUCCAGACAGAGCACACCAGCCUUCUUAACUUGGCUAUGAUGCGUCCAACUGAACAUGUACUAGCGGAUUUAUGUGACCCAGAAAAGCUCCUGCUGCUUCUGAGUCUUCACAACCUGCCGAUUCUCUGGCUGGUGCUCAGAGCCCUCGUCAUGUUGUCGGAGAGAUCUGAGAUGGUGAGGGAAGUGCAGGUCCUGCUGCCAGAAGUCAUGGAGACUCUGCAGUAUGACAACACGCACAUCACUGUGAAGGCCCUGACUAUCUUCAAAAAUGUGAUCGGUCAUCUGGAGAAGAAGGAGGCCAGCCCCAUCGCUCUGGCACUGGCUGAGAGACUCCUGCCUCUUUUUAACAACCAGGUGUCCAGUGAGGUGCGAGAGCGCUCCAUGCUCCUCUUCAAAGACUUGAUGGAGUCUGUGGUGUGGUGGAAAAAAGGAGCAAUGAAGACGACCGUGCGCAGGGCCCUUAUUCCACUGUUUUUCCGGAUGAGUGACGAGACUGGGAGCGUGGCCAAGGCCUCUGCAGUAGUCCUACUUGCCUGUGCAAAGUUCCUGAAGUGGAAACAGCUUGAGCAGCUGACUCAGACCGAGGACAUCUGGAGGAUUGGGGAGUACUUGCUCAAGCAGAAGAGCAGCAGGGUGGAAGGAUGCCUGCCAUACCUGGAGGACGCUCAGGCCAACUUGCGACAGAAGGCUGUCAAAUUCAUUGCGUUUGCUGCAUUGCAUUCCGGGGACCUAGACAAAGAGAAGCUGCGGAUGAUCAUCACCUACCUCCAAAUGCAUUUGGAAUAUGACACCCAUCCAUCGAUCCGUCACCUGGCAGCUGGGACCAUAGAGAUCCUGCAACGUCAAGUACAGCAGCAACCCGCAUCAAGAUGGGCUAGGUUGGCAGCACUGCGCUGCUGGCCCUGAACAGCCAGGGAGCCACAGAGCUUCCCUGGGGAAGAUCUCUCUGAAUAAAACUGGAACUACAAGACCA